AUGGACGAACAGCACGUUAAAACCUGUGGCACAGGAUCAACUGCAGACUUUUGGUUUGUAACAAAAUUUGUGGAUCUGGGUUCAUCGUAUGCUGACGUGAUUUAUGUACAUGUUGAAGCAGGAUUCACCCUGUGUGAUAACCCUGGUACUAGAAAAAAAGUGCAGUGUCCUUCUAACUAUUUCGAGGUGUACAUCAAUCGUGGAAAGGAUAAACCUGUCGUAAGGGAAGAUAACCUCCUUGAUCUAUUUUCUCCAGUUCAUAACAUCACAAACAAUACCUUACUCAGCACAACUCUAUCUAAACAAACCCAAACCUUUUCCUUCAACUCAAACGAGACUAAAGGUGUGACAUUCGCAGUAAGAUCCAAAGGAGCGUGUGGGAAGAUAAUGAAUAUGACAAUGUAUUACUACUACUGUGAGGAAACCUAUAUCAACAGCGUCAGACUGAAAAGGACUGUCUCGCCUGUGAGUGGAUCUAAGCUUGUCACAGCUAAUUGUUCUCAGAACUCGCUGGCUUCAAAUAAUAUGACGAGACUUGAAGGUCACUGUUACAGUAAUGGAUCCUGGAAUAUGAAUAAUGAUUUCAAAUGUUUGUGCAUUGAAGGACACGAAUCUAAUACCAAUAGCGGCUGCUCACGUAAGUUUAAUGUCUUUCGCACUAUGUUAAGAAAAUUAAAACAACAACAACAACAAUAA